UGCAGCGUGCUCUGACCAGCCAACCUCCACUCACACAAAACAAGAAGAAGAAGAAGACCCUGUAGAUGGCGCUGGCGGCGUGAGCUGCGUUUUGAGUGAAGCAGUUCUUUUCCUGUCAGCAUGGCGUUGGUGCCGUAUGAUGAGAACGUACUGCCAGCUCUCUCAAAAAUCCACAGCUCUUCAGCCGAGUUCCACUUCGCCUCACACCGACUCCGACUGGCCCAGGAUUGGAAUAGACUAGGAGUGGCUGCAGUCGUGUGGGACGCAGCAGUGGUGCUGUGCAUGUAUCUGGAGCUCGGCCAUGUGGACCUGAAGGGGAGGGCCGUUAUUGAGCUGGGAGCUGGCACUGGGCUGGUGGGCAUAGUGGCUGCACUGCUUGGAGCCACCGUGACGAUCACUGACCGCAAGCCCGCGCUGGAGUUUCUGAGCGCCAACGUGCGCGAGAACAUCCCUCCAGACCUGCGGGGGGCGGUGCAGGUGUCCGAGCUGACCUGGGGAGAGGGCCUACAGCGCUAUCCCUCAGGCAGCUACGACCUCGUUCUCGGAGCAGACAUCGUCUACCUGGAGGAGACGUUCCCCGCCCUUCUGCAGACCCUAGAGCACCUGAGCUCGGAGAAGACGGAGGUUCUGCUGUCGUGCCGGAUCCGAUACGAGCGGGACGAGCGAUUUCUACGCAUGCUGGGGAAGCUGUUCUCCGUACAGGAAGUUCAUUAUGAUGAACAGAGGGACAUUCGUAUCUACAGAGCCGUGAGGAUUAAGACCAAGCCUGAACUCUGAGGGUCCAGUUCAGGUUCUCGCCUAUGAUUGACCAACGUUCUGGCAACAAGCCUCUUUUUCUGUGGCCGAAACACUUCGCUGAUAUUCCUCCUUUCUUGAUACAUCUGUCACUAUCGAUUUUGUUAGUAAUCAAAUAACUUAUUGAUUGUUUUGGUGAAUGUUUGAACAGUCAAAGCUUUCAAAACAAUAAAAAUGGGUGGAAUCGAUCGACACACCACUUUCAGAAA